AUGGAUAAUUUUGCACAUAAUAAUUGCCAAAAUGAUAAUGUAUUGAAUGAUAACAAAAACAGUAAUAAUUUAAUGUCAAAUUUUUCAACUAGUGAAUCAACGGUUGAUGGAAUUAAUACAUCAGUAAAAAAUUUGGUAAUUUUGAGUCCAAAUAAAAACACCAAGUCGCUUGAAAAUAUAUCAAACUCGGUGAACACCAUGAGCAGCAACAGUAACAACGGCAGUAACAGUAGCGUGAACAGCAGCUUGAACAUCAGCAGUAACAAUAUGAAUGUAAAUGUAGGGAGAGAUACAGGGCAUUAUAACAGUAUUGUGGAUAUCGAACAUUCCAAUAUGAAAAAUGUUACACCAAAUUACUUGAACCAAGUUAAUAAUAAUAGUAGUAAUAACCACAGUAAUGCCAGUAUCAUUAACAAUAUGAAUAACAAUAUGAACAACACUAGUAGUAGUAACGUGAUGUGCCCCCCCGUGUACUUGAGCAAUUCUACGAAUAUGAGCAACGUGAACUUGUCAAAGAACAACACUUUUAAUAAUGGCAUGUCGAAUAAUGACACGACCAUUAGUAUAACGAAUAGUUUAUUAAAUAAUAACGAGCAGAAUAUGCAGAUGAGGCAGCAGAUAGGAAUAAUCAAAAAUGGAGGUGGGGGGUUGCACGACUCUUACCAAAAAUCAUUUUUAUCGUCAUAUAAUAUGAACAAUAUUUCCAUGAAUUCAAUGAAUCAUCAUCUUUUAAAUAAUAAUGUUGUAAAUAGAUAUAGCACCAUGAAUAAUUAUUCACCCCUUCAAGAUAUCAGUUCCAAUGCGCUUAUGGCAAAUAUGAAGUCCGCCGUGCAUGGUGGCAGCAGUAAUAGCAGUGGUAAUAAUAAUAAUAGUAGUAGUAGUAAUAAUAAUAAUAAUAAUAAUAGUAAUAGUAAUAACAAUAAUAAUAGUAAUAAUAACAGCAACAUCAACAGCAACAGUAUUAGCAGUAAUGAUGUGAAGCCAAAUAACAAAGACCUAAAUUUUAUGACACAUAAUAACAUAAAACAAAAUAAUUUUAUAAAUAACAAUGUGUGCUAUCAAAGAAAUGAUAUGCUUUUACGAAAUAAUUCAAACACGUUUAACAUGCAUGGUAAUUACUAUCCUUCGUAUGUAAACAAUGGGUUAUAUGGAUCAUCGUCUAACUGUUUCAAAGCAAAUAUGAAUAUAAUGAAUAGUAAUAAUCCAUCUUUAAGUAAUUACAAUCACCAUCCCAACACCUCCUCCACUUUUGAAAAUGCUGCAAAAAGUGGUAGUAACAGUAAUAAUCAUAUUAGUAAUAAUAGCAUGAAUAACGCUAGUAAUAAUAUUGGUGGUAGUAAUAACAUUGGUGGUAGUAAUAACAUUGGUGGUAGUAAUAACAUUGGUGGUAGUAAUAAUAUUGGUGGUAGUAAUAACAUUGGUGGUAGUAAUAACAUUGGUGGUAGUAAUAACAUUGGUGGUAAUAGUAAUAACGUAAGUAAUAGUAGUAGUACGAAUAAUUAUUCCAGUAAUCUAAAUACACCAAAUUAUGUGGAUAACAUUAAUUGUAAUGCGCUAGGUAUGUUAAGCAAGGGUAUACCAGGGGGAAUAGUAGUAGGAGGAGGUAUAGAUAAGUCAAUGCAAAUGAAGCCCUCUCCUAAUAAUAUGAGUUCAAAUAGUUUGAACAUGAAUAAUGGGCAUAUGAUAAAUGGUGUAAGUGAUAAUGGAGGUAUGCAUAACAGCAACAAUAAUUCCAACUCGAACGUAAACAAAAGUCAUCUAGGUACAGACGCAUCAGGCUUACCAAAUAACGUAAUUAUGAAUAUGGUUAACAACAAUAUAAUUUUAAAUAAUAAAAUGAUGAAUAACAUGAUGAUGAAUAGUACUAAUAGUAACAAUAAAAACAUUAGUAACAUGAUGAUGAAUAGCAGUACGAAUAUUAAAGGUAUUGGAAGCAUAUGUAAUAUAGCAACCUAUAGGACAAAUAACAUGUUAGAUAAUAAAUCUAAUAAUGUAGGAGAUGUUAAUAGUAAUAUACGAUUUCAUCCCAUGAAUAAUAUGUAUAAUAAUAAACUGCUAUCAUACAAUAACAAUUUAAACGAAUAUCCGUAUGAUAACUUUUCAAUGAACCACAUGACUUUAAAAAGUAGUGAUGAUGGUAGUGUUAUUAACAAGGAUAAAAAUGCAAAGGAGGAAAUUCUGACAAAUGGGAAAAAGGGAAUGACGACAGCAACCGGAAGAGUAAUUGGUGGUAGUAAUAGUUUAUCUUUGAAAGAUAAUAAAGCUGCUUCUUCUGUGAUGCCAAAAUCUAGAAAGAACAAAGGAGCAGCAGUAGCAGCAGACAGUUAUAUUUCAAAUGGAAUUUUGAUGAACAAUAGUCUAGAUACAGGUGCUUAUAAAAAGCAUAAACAUAUCGACAUGGAGGGGAGUCAUAAAAUGAAAGAAGCAAAAAAUGAAAUGAAGGAUCUAGGAAGUAAUAACUUUGAAAUGAUGGGUAAUGUGGGGAGCAUGCACGUUAUGGGCGGUAUGAGCAAUAUGGGAGGUAUGAACAAUAUGAGCAGUAUGAACAAUAUGAGCAGUAUGAACAACAUGAACAGUAUAAAAAAUAUGAACAGUGCAAAUAAUGCAUAUUCGCUGUUCCCCAAUUAUAAUGUAAAAUAUCCCAUGAACGUUGACAUGUUUAAUAAUUUGAAUUCAUAUAAUAUUCAGAACAAGGGUAAUAUGAAUAACAGCAGUAAUAAUAAUUUUCAAAACUUAAACAUAAUUAAUAGUAUAAAUGACAUGAACAGUGCAUAUAAUAAUAUGAACAAAAUGACGAACAUAAAUAAUUAUAAUAUUAUAAAUACAUAUGGAGGGGGGGACAAUAGGUAUAAUAAUAAUAAUAAUAAUAAUAUGAGCAAUAUUGGUAGUAACAAUAACAUCAGCAGUAUGAGCGGUAUUAGUGGCAUGAGCAGUAUUAAUAACAAUAUUAACAGCAUUAACGGAAUUAGCGGUAUUAGUAAUAAUAACAGUGCGUUAAAAUCAAUGGACAGCGGGAAGUCUUUUAACGAGUCGCUCCUUAGUAAUAAUAACAACAGUGCACAUAAUGGUAAUAAUAACCUAAGUAAUAUUAUAAACAUAAAUAAUAUAAAUAAUUAUAACAAUAUGAAUAAUUAUAUAAACAAUCGCAAUUAUGCAAACGAUAUUAAUAUGAGAAUAUUAAACAGCAGGAAUAAUAACAUUAUGCCUGCGCAUAUGGGUGGUGGUGGUAGUAGCUAUCAUAUGAAUAUAGACCAGUUCAAGAACGAAGAAGAGUUUAACAGCGGUAGCGUCAACAAUAGCAGUAAUAAUAACAAUAGUAGCAACCCUAACAAUAACAAUAAUAAUAAUAAUAAGAGUAAUAGUAACAGUAAUAGUAAUAGUAAUAGCAAUAAUAAUAGUAAUAGCAAUAAUAUUAGUAAUUGUAAUAGUAUGAUGAUGAUGAGCCACAUAAACAGCAUGAGCAUGGGUAGUAGCAACAUUAAUCAUCUUGUAGGUAGUACGAAUAAUAAUAACAAGUACCAAAGGAAGAACACUAAUAAUAAUGGCCCAGGGAGACAAUCGACAAAAACAAAGAAAUCAGAUAUGAACAAAAAAAAAGAAAAAAAAAAUGUUAGUACUUUAAUUGGAUCUGAAGAUGACAAUGAUGAUGAUAACGAAUUGUAUGUUAAUUCAUAUGUAAAAAAAGCUGCUACAAAAAAUGGUAAUAAGAAAUCAUUACAAUAUGAUGCAUUUGAUGAAAAAUAUAAUGAGAAAGCUCGAAGAAAUGAAAAAAAUGAUAUUUUUGUUUCACCUAAUAUUGGAGUAGUAGAAGGAGGAAGAACAAAUUUAAGAGAAAGAAGGAAAGUGUAUAAUUAUGCCCAGAUGGAUAAUUAUUUUGAAACCGAUGAAGAGGAUAAAAAAGUAGAUGAAGAGAAAUAUUUGUUAAAGCAAGAGAAGCAGAGCAUGGGAGGAAUAGACCGAGUCUUACACCACAGGAAAAUUAUUGAUUAUGAUAAUAUUAAUAACAUAAAGAAUAACCCCUUUCUGCACAUCAAUAAGAAGGGUAAUAAUAAGUCAACCGAUGCGUCCACUGGCGCCAAUGAUGACAAGGUCGCCGUGGUCAGCCGUACAGCGGUUGGUAGUCAGGUGAUUGGUGAUGUAGCAGUUGCUGGAAAUGUAAAUGGUGCCAGUUCUCUCAAUGCGGAGGGAGGAGUAACCGUUGGUGGAAAUGAGAACGUAAACGAGAGCAGCAAUAGUAAUGUUGAGGGAGGAAAUGACAAAGUAGCGAUGUUGGCUAGUGCUACAGUUAGCGGUGAAACAAAUGUAGAUAAUGAGGAUGGAAACUUGGAUGAUUUUUAUGAAGAAGAAGAUAUUGUUGAUGUAAAUGAAGUAGAAUUUUUGAUAAAAUGGAUUGGCAAAUCACAUAUUCAUAAUUUUUUUUGUACAUACGAUUAUUUAAAGCAUUUUAAUGGUUUAAAGAAAGUAGACAAUUAUAUUAAAAAAAUAAAAUUGUCUUUUCAAAAGAGGAAGUAUAUGACUGCUGAUGAAAUAGAGCAGGAAAAGAUAUACACGGAAAUAAAGAAGCAAAUAGAAAUGGAUGCAAUACAUGCAGAAAGAAUAGUAACACAUAAGAUAAGUGAAACAACAAAUGAACAAUUAUUUUUAGUGAAAUGGAUGAGUUGUGCAUAUGACCAGUGUACAGAAGAAACAAAACAAACGCUGAUAGAUCAUGGUUUUGAAAAUUUAAUUGAUGAAUACUUUGAUAGAGAGAAUAAAAUAUAUGGAAUGAAGGCAAUUUCGAGUGUAUGGAAUAGAGGACCUUUGACAGCAACCAAAUUUGAUCCAUAUAAUGAAACUCCUUUUUAUUUAAAUGCAAAGAAGUUAAGAGCAUAUCAGUUAACAGGUUUAAAUUGGAUAGUAAGUAGAAUGAAAAGAAAUUUAAGUGUAUUAUUAGCAGAUGAAAUGGGAUUAGGUAAAACAGUACAAACGAUUGCAGUUGUUGGUCAUAUGUUAUACAAAGAGAAACUAGUAGGACCAUAUUUAGUAAUAGUUCCACAGUCUACGGUUGACAAUUGGUUAAAUGAGUUUAAGAGUUGGUUACCCCAGGCUAAUGUGGUAUGUUACCAUGGGAAUGCAGUAAGUAGAGAAUUAAUAAGGACACAUGAGUUAAAGAAAGUGUAUGUACCAAAUAAAGGUUAUAGAUACAAAUUUGAUGUGUGUAUUACUACACCAUCAAUACUAAAUAGUGUGAGUGAUGUAGAGUUAUUGAAAAAAAUGCCAUGGCAAUUAAUGGUUGUGGAUGAAGCACAUCAAUUGAAGAAUAGACAAUCAAAAAGAUUUAUAGAAUUAAAACAAUUUAUGGCAGAAUCGAAGCUUUUAUUAAGUGGAACCCCCUUACAUAACAAUUUAGAAGAAUUAUGGACCUUAUUACAUUUCUUAAACCCACAGCAAUAUACAUAUUAUGAAUCCUUUCAAAAAAAAUAUAAUGAAAUUGAAAACACGAGUUUAAUUGGUGAGGCUAAACAAAAACAACUAAUACAAUUGCAGCAUGAAUUACAUGAGGUUAUUUUAAGAAGAGUGAAAAAGGAUGUAGAAAAGUCUUUGCCAAAUAAAGUGGAAAGGAUAUUAAGGGUUGAAUUAUCCCCAAUACAAAUAGAAUUUUAUAAGAACAUUUUAACCAAAAAUUAUGAACAACUAGCCAAAGCUUCUGGGGGUGCUAAAAAUUCUCUACAAAAUAUAUGUAUGGAAUUAAAAAAAGUGUGUAAUCAUCCAUUUUUGUGUUGUGAACCAAUAGAUAAGGAUGAAUAUAAAGAACGACUAGUGUACUCAAGUGGUAAGAUAUGUCUAUUAGAGAAAUUGUUAAUAAGAUUAAAAGAAAGAGGAAAUCGUGUUCUAAUUUUUUCACAAAUGGUAAAGAUGUUAAACAUCUUGAGUGAAUACUUAACACUUCGAGGUUUUAAACAUCAACGAUUAGAUGGAACUAUGACAAAAGAAAUGAGAAAAAAAGCAAUGAAUCAUUUUAAUAGUAAAAAUUCUGAUGAUUUUGUAUUUCUAUUAUCUACGAAAGCAGGAGGAUUAGGAAUUAAUUUAACCUCCGCAGAUACUGUUAUUAUCUAUGACUCAGAUUGGAAUCCACAGAACGAUUUACAAGCAGGUGCUAGAGCACAUCGUAUUGGUCAGACCAAGACAGUUCAAAUAUACCGUUUAGUAACAAAAGAUUCUAUUGAACAAACCAUUUUAGAAAGAGCAAAGGUGAAGAUGGUAUUAGACACAUUAGUUGUACAAGGAUUAAAUAAGAAGCAAAAUGACAAUGUGAAUUACAUUGGUGCAGAAGGUGGAAGUGCAUCCAAUGGUUUUACAAGAGAAGAACUAUCAAAAAUUUUAAAAUUUGGUGCUCAAAAAUUAUGGGAAAAAAAUAGCUCUAAAUAUUCCCCACAAAAAAUGGAUGAAGAGAAAGUAGAAGAAGAGGAAAAUGUAAUCAAAGGAGUAGAUGUAGAUUUGGAUAAAAUUUUAGAAGAAGCAGAAGCAAAUGAAAAUGCAAAUAAUGCAAAUAAGGAUUUAAAUUCAGAACUGAAUAGUUUACAAAAUGCCAAUAACUUUUUUAAUAGUAAUAAUAAUAACUUGUUUGGAAAUGCAAACAAUAGUACUGGUACAAGCGGAGGAGGAGGAAUAGCAGACGAUCUACUCAGCUCGUAUAAUAAUAUUACAGAAUUUAAAUAUGAACCACCAGCAAAUUUAAAAAGUAAUAUAUAUAAUGAUUCAACUAAAGCAGAUGAAUUAGAUGAAGAGGAAAAUGAUAAAGAUUUCUGGGAUAAGACUAUACCAUUAGAGGAAAGAUUAAAACUGAAGAGGAUGAAAGAAGAAGAAUUAUUAAUACAUGUACCUAGGAAAACUAGAACAAGAGAUAUGAGAAAUGUGUAUGUAGAAAUAAGUACACCUACUACUGGUCAUAAUAAUGGAACAAAUAACAAUAUGCUUGAUGAUGAUGAUGAUGAUGAUAGUGAAGAAUAUACUGUCAAAUAUCAUAAGAGAAAUAAAAAUGUGAAAAAGAAAAGGAGAAGAAGGACAUCUACACAUAUUACUGAAAAGGACAAGUUCCGCUUAUAUAGAUCUCUCUUAAAAUUUGGAAACCCAGUUUUGCGUUUAGAUGAUAUACGAGAGGAUGCAAAAUUAGUUAAAGUCGAUAAGAAUGUUAUUCUCACGGAGUUGAACAGCAUAGUAGACACAUGCAAAGAGAUAGUAGAGAGAGUAUCUAAAGAGAACACAAACAAUAACAGCAUCAACAUCAAUAACAGUAACAUAAACAGUAACAACAACAACAGCAAUGACAAUAACAACAUGAUAGUGAUGAUGAAAUCGGAAGAUGUUGUCCAUCCCCGACGAACUGAUGAGGACACACUCGAGAGGGAAAACGACGUGGGUGCGGAUGAUGAGGAUGAUGAUAAUGAUGGAGAUGUGAAAGGGGAAGUGAUGAAGGAUAAAGAUGAAGAACAGGGUAAGGAGAAAAGGAAGAGGAUGAAGAGCGGGACAACUGACAACGGCAACGAUAAAGUAAUGGUAACACCAUGUGAUGAUUUGAAUAAAAAGAAGCAGGAAGUAGAGGAGGGUGUUGAUAAGGACAACAUAAAGGGGGAAGAACAUGUUGAAAGUGAUGCCAAUUGUGAAAUUGGCGAGAAGGAGCACAAAGGGAAUGAAGAAGUAGGGGAAGAAGAAGCUGUAAGAGAAGUCGAAGGAAGAGAAGAUAAAGAAGCGGAGGAAGAAGAGCAAGGCGAGGAAAUAAAAAAUAAGGACGGAGUUACAAGCAUGCUAUCGGCAGAUGGAGAACAAAACGAUAAUAAUAUAAAAACGAAGGAAGUGGGAUGUAAAAUAAAGAAAGACAGUGGUACGAGUGGAAGUAGUGGUGGCACUGUUGCAAGUGAUACUUUUACAAAGUUUAUGGGAUCAAUGAAAACGAAUGGAGUGGAGGAAGAGGGAGAAGAGAAAUUCCUGGUUAAGGGUCAGAUUAAAGACGAGGUUAAAUGCCAGGUUAAGGAUGAAGUAAAGAACGAAGUUAAAAGCGAGAUAAAGGGAGAGAUUAUGGAGGAGGUGAAGAACGAAGCGGACAAAGUUGGUGAUUCGAACAAAUUCAACGAGUUCUUAAAUGGUAAGGACAAUGAAAAUCUGUCCAAUGAUGAAAGCGAUUCAAAUAUCAAGAUAAAAGGUAGUGAACGAAUAAGGAAAAUAGAUGCUUAUACAUUUUAUAUAGGUACGAAUAGAGCAAAUGCUAUAGAUCUUUGUCAACGAUUGCAAUUAUUUAAAAGUUUACACGAUUUUAUUAAAGAACAAAAUAAUGAUAAUGAAUACAGCUUUAAAUUACCGUUAAAAGCGAAUACUACUAAUGUAACACCUGACUCUGUGCAGGAUAAAAAUGCAAAAAGUGGUAAAGGAAAAGGUAAAAAGGAAGAAGAGGUUAAUGGAACAGGAACGGAGGGAGUUACUGAAACGGUUGUACAUACCUUUUCAUCUCUGACCGUAGAUGUGAAUGCUACAACAACAGUUGAAACUACUGGAGGUGCAGCAAAUGGAGCAGAAACCGGAGCAAUAACGGGUGGAGAUACAGCAAUCGGAUCAACAACUGGAGUAACUAUCCCCGACGAUUCGGAAAAUUAUUUGAAGUUAAAAUUGCCCGAUUACAUAUUCAACCAUUUAAGAGAUUUAGCGACAAAAGAUGUAAAGGCUUGGUCAAAGGAGGAUGAUGAAAAUUUAAUUAAAGGAGUAUAUGUAUACGGUUUUGGUGCAUUUAAUGAAAUAUGUGCAGAUGUAAAUUUAAAUCUAGCUCAUAUGAAAAACAUUAAAUGCGAUAAGGUUAAAAUGAGGUGUGUACGAAUAUUAAAAAUGAUUGACGAAUAUAACUCUAGUAAUAAGAGAGAAACGACUAGUAAGAAGCGAAGAAGGACUAGAAGUAGAAAUAAGAAUAGUGAAGGGGUAAAAGAGGAGAAGAGUAGUAAUAGAGGUUUGAGUAGUCGUAACAACAUUACGAAAGAUGAAAAAUCGGAAGAAAACAGCAAUAACAAUAACAGUAAUAAUAAUAAUAAUAACAAUAGUAGUAGUAAUAAUCCUAAUGCAAUGGGUAGUGGUGGUGGCGGUAACAGGCAAAAUCACUACGGAAGAAGAAGCAGCGAAAGGGUAAAAACGGCUAACUUGUUUGAGGAAAGAGAAGCUAAUGAAGAGGAGGUUGUAGUAAAGAGAAGAGCAGUGGGAUCUGGUUUGAAAAAAGGGGAGAAGGAUAAUGUCAAUAAUAAUUACGGAGGUGGAGUAGGAGGUAUUCAUGCAAAUGCCUUGUCGGGUCGUCAAGAUAUUGAAACGCUCGCACAUGAAAAAAAAAGAGGAGCAAAAGUAGUUUCAUUACGAAAUGAAAGUAACAAAAGUGGAAAAAGCAGCAAAAAUGAUAAAACCGGAAAAAGCGGCAAAAGUGGAAAAAUCGGAAAAAGCGGAAAAAGUAGUAACACUAAUGGGAACGGACAAAGUAGCAUCAGCGGCAUCGGAAAUUUAAACAGUAUCAGCAUGAACAACAACAACUGUGUUAGUAAUGGUAACGAUAUUAAGAACAAUUGUAUGGACUCAUCUGAGUACUCCUCAUCGAACGAAAACAAAAAUAAACGUGGUAAAAAGAAAAACAUUGAGGAUGAAAAUGACGGCAAAGAUAGAGAAGAUGAAGAAGAUGAGGAAGAAGAUGAGGAAGACGAUGACGAUGAGGAAGAUGAUGACGGUAGUGGAGGUAAUAACAAUAUUGUAAGGAGGAGUUAUAGAAAGAGUAAUAAGAACCAGUUAUACGAAAAUCAUAAAGUUAUUAGAAGAAGAAGCACAAGAUCGCGAAAAAGUAAUAACGAUUCUGUUGUAGGUAGCGAAGGAGUAAUUAACAAUGAACAAGAAAAUUUUGAAAAAAAUAGUUAUGACAGUGAAGAGGAACAACAAGAACAACAAGAAGAGGAAAAAGGAGAAGAAGAAGGAGAAGGAGAAGGAGAAGGAGAAGGAGAAGAAGAAGAAGAAGAUGGAGGAGAUGAAAGGAAAAAAGAAAAAAAAAAUCAAAAAAGAAAAAAAAAAAAAAGAAAAUUAACAGAAGAUGAAAUUCUAAAUAAAAUAAAACAUUGUAAUAUAAAAGAAAUGAACCAACAUAGUAUAAAUAAAUUAGCAAAAAAAUAUGUAAAGAAAUAUAAAAAGUUGUUGAAGGUUGUAAAGAAAGUCGUACAUUCCAAUGAUGGAACAGCAAUUGAAGAGUCAGAUAUAGCAAUUACUUCAAAAAAAAUUGAUGAUUUUAUUUUGUUUAUUGGUAAGUACAUUGAGAAAUUAAGAGAUGUAUGUCCGGACGAUGAGUGUACAGAGAUACUGAGUAAAUCCGGAUGGGAAUAUGUGUCGAAAUUUAUGAACGAGUCAUGUGAAAAUUUAAAAAAAAAAUUUGAGCAACUGAAAGUGGCAAACCCCAAGGGGGAAGAACAGUAG